AUGAUUGGACAAAAUCACUGGAAGAAACGUCCAGGGCCCCCUGACAAGCGCCAGCCACCCGCCGCCUCUUUUUCCUCCGCAAGGAAACAUCCCCGGAAACGCCAGCAAAUCCAGAAUCGAGAAUCUCGUCCGGACCACUCUAAGCCAGGGCCAACUCACCGUUUCUUCCCUCCUCCGCCGGGCACAGCCACCAGCAAACCGCCAGCCUGGCUUGCUCUCGCUGGCGUGACUCGCGACGGGGAUGCGAACUGGGCAGCGCCGUUCACGAGGUGGCACCGUGGGAAGAGAGCUCUCCGCAAAAAUGCCCUCGGCUUGCCAAUGGCGUCACGGCGCAUUCCCGCCGUGAGCUCUCUGGAUCGAUCCGAGCCUAUGGACGAGACCGGGUUCACAUUAAAAUACCCUUCACCCUCUGCCACAUCCCUCCGAAUGGUGGCUUUUGGAAAGAUGGGCACCAUUCAACCGUUGCUCUGUGGUGUCCCCUUGCUCAGUGACUCAACCCUCGAUUGGUAUAUCACUCGAGUUCGCCCCGUUCAUGAAGCCAUCUGUCGUUGGCUUAUCUUGAGUUGGGUCUUUGCUCAUGUGGUAUCACAACACGACCAAAUCUCACUGCGCAUGUCUCAAGCAACGAGUCUCGUCACCCGAUCGGACCUCAUUGUAAAGAGCAGCAACGACAAAAAAAACUCUCGCCUACUCAACCCUGCUCUCGAGGCGGACCGGACCGAGUCUACUGCUGUAACAGGGCAGAAGAAUAUCGCUCGAUCUGAUCACGCAUACGGCCGGCUACACGACAUUGAGCCUCUCGGGAGCCCCAUCUCGUCGUCCAGAAAUAUCGCAUUGCCUUAGCAGCGUUUGGGCAGCCGCUCAUCGUGACCCCGGACUUUGCAUUUGGUUGGCUGAGAGGAGCCGCCGCUGAGCGCGCUUACAGCUUACACCAGACAACACCGGCUUCCCAAAAACCCACCCUCACCCGGUGCCGCCCAACGAAACAGCGAUUUGGGCCAAGUCGA